AGUUUGUGUUUUAACCCUUGGAGGCAGUGGGUACCCGAAUGAAUUAUCCAUUAUCUUUGAGCCCUGAGGUUUUCGUUAAUUCGAUCAGAUAAGUGGAGGAAUUUGGAAACUGAGCGGGCUGAUUAGAAGACCCUGUUGAUAGUUUGUCACAGAAAAUUUAUUCUCCAGCAUCAUCAUCAUCAAAUCAUCAGCAGAUCUUCUUAUUUAGUGAUUUUAGGCAUUCUACUCGAGGCAGAACCAAAGGUGCGCUUAUUGUCAAAUUGAAGUAAUAAAAGCAUGACCCUUUUCAGCUGCAAUGUACUUUUCUCAAUGGCCAGAUCAAGAGGGCCUCACCUUCUCGUCCUGCCUAGAUGCUUCGCAUUUUCCCCAUCUGUUGCAUUUUUACAACCGGCGGAUUCUCAUUUAAAUCAAACCUGUUUGAAGAACUCUGGAAGCAAGGAACUACCACACGCUUUUCGGCUAAGCAACAGGCUACCUUAUUUCCCAACUGAAGCAAUAAGAAAGUUUCACACAUCCACGUGCUGGCUUCAGGAGCUCCCAAACAAAACUCCUGUUAACCAAACCACAGAAAAGCUAGAGAAAAAAAGCACCAAGUCCCCAACGGGCAAGGGGCAGGUGACACAGGAGGCUAAGAGGUCUUUGAGACGUAAAAUACUGGAUGAACUCCUGCAUUAUUACAAUGGAUUCCAUUUGCUUUGGACUGACACCAAAGUUGCUGCCAGAAUGGUUUGGAGGCUGUUACAUGGACAGGUGCUCACCAGACGAGAGAGGAGAAGGCUGCUGAGGACUUGUGCUGAUCUCUUCCGCCUUGUUCCGUUUAUGGUCUUCAUAAUUGUGCCCUUCAUGGAAUUCCUGUUACCAGUAUUUCUGAAACUCUUUCCAGAGAUGUUGCCAUCAACUUUUGAGACUGAGUCUAAAAAGGAAGAAAAACAGAAAAAGAAAAUGAGUGCAAAGUUGGAACUAGCAAAAUUUCUCCAAGAAACCAUAACCGAGAUGGCCAGAAGGAACAAAGUCACCAUGGGAGAGGCCACCAAGCAGUUCUCUACCUAUGUAAAGCAGGUCCAGACAGGCCAUCAGCCGAGCACAAAGGAGAUAGUAAGCUUCUCCAAACUGUUUGAGGAUGAACUGGCCCUGGAGCACCUUAACCGCCCUCAGUUGGUAGCCCUUUGCAAACUCCUGGAGUUGCAGGCCCUUGGCACCAACAACCUUCUCCGCUUCCAGCUCCUUAUGAAACUCAGUUCCAUAAAAGCAGACGAUGAGAUGAUUGCUGAAGAAGGGGUUAAUGCUCUGAGUGUGUCGGAAUUACAAAGCGCCUGCAGGGCCAGGGGCAUGAGGUCUUUAGGUCUCUCAGAGGAGCAGCUGAAAGAACAACUCACACAGUGGUUGGACCUCCACCUGAAGGAGAAUGUCCCGCCUUCUCUACUGUUGUUAUCCCGUGCUUUGUAUCUGAUAGACGUAAAACUGAAGCCUAUUCAAAUUCCCCCAAGCAUUGAGGUGUCAAAGGCUGAGGCUGCUGGAGAGCCACUUGCUUCUCCUGGUUCUAAAGAGGUCUUGGUGGAUCCUGCACUUCAACAGCAGGGAAUCAAGGUUACAUCGCUGUCACCUGUUACAUCACUGCCACCUGUGACACCACCACCCCAUCCUGAUGAAACCAACACUUCUAAAGAAGCUGCUCUACAGGCCAAAACACAGACUUCAUCCCAAAGCAAGGCCAGUGCAAAUGGAGUGUAAACCCAUUCAACCGUGAAGCGGUAACCCCGAGUCAUGCCGUGGCACCAGCAGUUGAGACAAUCCCAGCCUCAGCCAACUGAAUUUCAUGCGGAACAUGUAUGGAUUGGUGAUUUUGGUAAUUAUAGCAGUCCUCUGGGGGGCUUUAAGCAGGCAUUCUAUUGCUUCGAUUCUUUUGGGAAACUCAACAACUAAACCCAGUUCUUCUGAGCCAUUACUUCUUCCUAUACUCAAUUUAUUCCUCAAACCAUAGAUUUAGACAUUUUUUGCUGAAUUGUCUAAUCAAGAGUUUAACAGUGGUUUUAUCUGACAUAGUACUUUGUGCACGCAUCCUUUAGGAUUCUCAAAAAACAUUACCCUAAGUCAAAAACGAGCUCUACCUUAAUUCUUUAAAAAAAAAAUCGGUUUCCUCCAACUUGUAACAGUAGGUGGGAACAGGGACAUGACAAUAAGCAUUAUGUGCUGGGCAACACUUUACUAACUGGAGCCUGUGAUUUAGUGACGUUGGAUUCAAAUUUAUUGUUUGAAACUGAAGCUAUCGACAGCUGCUCCGAAGGCAGGCCAGGGACCUAGACACCAAGUAACCCAGGAAAAGGUGGCACAAUCUUGGGUAUUCUUUCCCCAUAAAGAGAAAAAAGAAAGCCCUGUAGUGGAGGGAAGAGUUAAAAAGGACUUGGCAGUCAAAAAGCGUUGGCUCUGGCCUAGUUGCUUUGACAUUCUCUCUUGGGCUUAUGAUGGCUACAGAUUAGUUUGCUGGAAAAGAUUCCACUCCUAGCACAUAUGGCUUUCAUUAGGCACCGUUUUUCUGGAAAACAUAAUUAACUGCAGUGACGUUGGGCUUUAGGCUUAACUGUUUGUUUGGGUUGGGAGUAUUUUUUCUCUAGUCUGGUCUUUGGCAAAUCAGACUUUUCUAUUCAUUUUAGGUCUAAUUGUCCCUGUGUUACCCAAUAACAAGUAUUAUGUUCAGUUAUUAUUUUUCAAACAAAGAUUUAGUGAUAUUGCCUAGGUCCAUUAAACAAAUUGUUUUUACUUCCUGUAAAAUUGAAAGGUAAUUGUUUGGAGGCCAAUAAACCAAACUAAACUUAUAUUUUGCUACCCAGACUGGUUAGGAUCAUCCAAAUGAAUAAACACAACCACUUCAAAUCUAGAAAUAAUCUGCAUUUUCCAACAGCUCCUUCUCAUUCCCUUAUCCGGCAGGGAAAGCUUUGUGCUCAGUGGGACUAUACUUCUAGCUAGUCGACUCACAGUACUGGAGAACUUAGAAUCUCCUCUUAUGCAAAUGCCAACAUUAUUCAGAGAGUAGCAGCUGUGGAGUCUUGCCACUAGCAGAAGUGAGGUGAUUCACAAUAAACUUUCACAUUUCUAAAGUAGUGGAAUGUUUUUCUUAUGCUUUAGCGUUGGUUUUUAAAGGUUGGUCGUGGGCAAGGGAUCAGCUCGUUAACAUGCUUGAUCUUGUUCCUAUUGAAUAAGUAAUAUUUGUGUCUAAUCAGUUGUCUUUUCUGGCCUUCCCCAGGACACAGUGGGAAUGAAUAAGCAAAGGGUUCUGGCUAAGUCUGUUUUCUUGCAUUUAAUUUUAAGAAGCUGCUAUAUUCCUCCCCACAACACUCCCUCAACCCACCCCCCAAAAAAUACUUCCAUUCCAAAAGAAAUGCCAUCAGCUUCCAGUUCCGGAUUCUGUUUCUGCCAGGAGCAACAAAAAUGCUUAAAAGAAAAGUGUUAUCUGCCUUCUUUGACAUCCAAAUGCAUGAGUGGAUUACCAUAAUUCUUUCCUCUAACAACUCACCGUGGACCUUUGAACUAUGUAUGUAUUUAUCCGUUCUAAAACCCUUCAAUUUUUCUCUUUACAAUAUCAACUUUCCCCAAUAACUACUCACGGU